CAACGCGUACGUUUUGAGAAAUUCCAUGGACAAUACUCUGGGUACAAGAGAUGUUGUUAAACAAUUGCGAUUGCCAGUGGGUGAUAUCACCACGCUGCUUGCUCUGCUCAGCGGCCCGCUCGAUUGUUUGGGGCUGCUGCCUCCCUCGUUGAGAAAGUACAACGUUAACCCUCUUCCCGAUGAUGCUACCCAGGUGCUUAGGCAUAUAUCUACCAUCCAGCAGGCAAUACUGCAGCACAUAUUCCCGACAUGGGAGACAGCUCUCGCCGGAAUCAGUGCGACCUCGAUCCUGGAACAGUACUUCUGUCCGGAUAGCUUCUCGUAUGCUCUGUCAUCAUCGGGGGAUGUUGCGCUUUCUGCGUAUUCGACCAUUCUAUCUGUACCUCUAUCGGGAUAUUCCAUUCGCCUUUUGGAACGCCUCACAAAAGAGUAUCCAGUCGAUCGAUUACACAGAGCUACCUUCUCCGGGAAUGGCACUUCGAAGAAGGACGUGCUCUGGGAAGACUGCGUACGAAAUAUUGCUGCUGUCCCGGCAAAAGUGGCGAACUCUGCUGGUACAAACUCCAUUCCUUCCUCGCUGGAGCAAGGGAAUUACUUUACCAGCCUCUCUGUUCGUUGCGAAGCUCUCAUUUCCUCGUUAGCUGCCAAUGCUGAGCAUGAAAGUGGUGUUGUUUCAUCCGUUGUUUACCUUCUCGUCAAGAUGGUGAAUCUUGGCCUGCUUCCUUCAAGUCCCCCAACACUACCAUCACAAGCAUCCUUCUUUCUGGCAACGCUGCCGAUUAUCAGGAACCGCCUUGAUGGCGGUGCGAGCGAGAACUAUUCCAAGAUUUGGGCUGAAGUCUUCCUCGGAUUUCCGUCAAUCGCAUUGCAAACGGUAUUAACAUCCCUUUUUGCGUCGUUGAGACGCUUGGACGCGCCACUAGAUGGGAGUGCAUAUCAAAGGGCUUGGGUCAAAAGAGAAGCGCUAUUACUUGACCGGCUGGUUGGCCGGCUGUCCCCAGACAACGAGGAACUUUGUGAGACAGCGAUUCCCGUCAUUUUAGGUCGUAAUUGGGAUGAAUCUUGUGCACGAAUUUUCGUCUGUUGGGUGGCGGGUCCACAGACGCAUGAUAUUGAUGAGAACGCGCUGGGUCACUUUCUGCAAGAAAUUGUAGCGGUAUGGUCUUCACCUGACCACGUCAAGCAUUCACUUCUCGCUCGACACCAGUAUUUCACCGCUCUUCUGGUCCUCACGGUAGCAUACUUCAAACGUAACUCACCAGAAGUCUCCGGCUUAGCGCAGGGAGGAAGCUUCAUCUCCGGCGUUAGCUUGUACAUCGGACACAUGGAUCCCUCAAUUCGCCGAUGUGGAAUGCUGGCUGCUGAAGUUGUUGCCGGUGCAGCCGGAAAGAAACUCAAUUUCGAUGAUUGGGAAGGCGCUGGUGAUGGAAAACCAUGGGCUCGAGCUCUUCGAGACCUACUUCGCGAGCGUGCCGUGGACUUUAAUACCUCCGUUCUUGAGCAGGAGGAACCACUUCCAACAAAAGAGACAGAGAAGCUCAGUGGGGCCUCAUCGAUACACGAGGAAUCACCUGGCCAUUCUCCGGUGUUACGCAGUAAUGCAGGCUACGAUUCUGAUGACUCUUUAACUGGUUAUGCAUCCCCGGCUUCUUCGCGCUCUGCAUCGCCAACACCAUCCGAAUUAGAUGAUAUCGAAAAGGAUCCCACGCUCAACGUUACCAAAAAGAAGCUUUCUAGACCCGUCUAUCUUGUUCAGCUUGGGGAACUAUUACGAAGUAGUGGGGUGCAACAAAGCGAUGCGGCUCUUGAAGCUGACAGGAUCGAAAUGGCCCUCUCGUGCAGCGAAGGUCUCAUCCGGAAAAAACAGUUUUUUGGCACAGAGCUAGAGGAAAAUGCUGCCAACCUGGCGUAUGGUCUUAUUGCACUUAAUAAUACCUACAACUUGGAGAACUUCGACGCACGUCGACAAAAUGCUCUUGUCGCUCUCGUCGCCUGUUGUCCCCGGAAGACUGCACCAUGCCUAGUCGAUGAGUUUUUCAAGAACCAGUACAACGUCGGUCAACGGUAUGUCAUGCUCAAUGCCUUAGCACUAGGUGCCAGAGAAACAAGCGGAUUGGCGCAUGCACCCCUACCCCAAUUUCCAAGCAAGCUGCUACCGGCAUCGCUUCACAGGAAAUACAUUACAAGCCGGGGUCCUGAAACGAGCAUAUUACCGGCCAUCAUGGGAGACCUUACUCGACAAGCUAUUCAAAGCAGCAAGGACAAUGUGGGGGAGAGUGCGCCUACCCUUGUUCGCGAACGACGGUUGCGCAUACAGAAACCGCAGAUGGUUUCCGAGAUCAGAAGACCAGAGCGCUUGAACGAACCAGCACAACGCAAUGCUGUUAAAUUUACAGAAGUCGCUGCGGAAUUCUUCGUAGGGCCACUUGUCAACCGAUUUUGGCUUUUCCUUCGAGACGAGCAGAUGCGGGAAGAGCGAACUGCACAUUUGAAAGGAAGACAGGCGUACUAUGGCGCUGGAACGGGUCUUAUUCUCAAUUCCCUUGUGCUAAGUUAUUUUCUUAGUACACUGGGCGUCUUGCUUCAUGCCUCAAGGAAUGCUCCAGAAUGGUCUGCGGUCUUAGGGCCCGAUGCUCUGGAGCUGGCAGUAAACAUCGGAACUCGGCCAGUUUCUCGAAUAGAAGAUGAAGGAGAGUUUGAUGGCGGUGAGGGAACGAGGAACCAAGAGGGUGGCGGACCAAUGCAGAGGGAAGCAUCGGUUCUUCAGUCUGCAUUGGAAUUGGCCCUUGUGAUACUUGAAGGAUAUCAGGAGCUGGAUGAAGGGAAAUCCCUGUGUUUAGAGCACACUGCACUUCUUUUUGGCGUGGGGGAGUGGGCAGGUGCCGUGUUUUCCCGACUGGACAAAGGGGAAAGGGUCCAAGGUGGUGGUGGUGCUUCGGAAACUGGUCUACAGCGAGCAGCGGCGGGAGUCCUCCUCAAGGCUGAUAAUAUUACCAGCAAAUGGCGUCGGUCCAUGAUAAAUACAAUAUAAUUUUAGUGCUGAUAGUAAAUGUGACAAUUCUCGUGAUCU